AUGAUGAAGUUUCGGUUCCGGCGGCAGGGCGCCGACCCGCAGCGCGAGAAGCUCAAGCAGGAGCUCUUCGCUUUCCACAAGACUGUGGAGCAUGGGUUCCCCAACCAGCCCAGCGCCUUGGCCUUUGAUCCUGAACUGCGCAUCAUGGCCAUUGGCACCAGGUCUGGGGCUGUCAAGAUUUAUGGUGCACCUGGUGUGGAGUUCACAGGCCUGCACCGUGAUGCAGCCACAGUUGUCCAGAUACACUUCCUGCCUGGCCAGGGCCGCCUCCUGACCCUGCUGGAUGACAACAGCUUGCAUCUCUGGGAGAUUGUCCCUCAUGAUGGCUGCACCCACCUAGAGGAAACUCUCAGCUUCCAGCCACCCAGCCGCCUGGGCUUUGACAGUUCCAGUGCCUCACCCAGUUCCUCUCAGGUUACUGUGGUCCUGCUGGUGGCUGCCAGCAACAGGGCAGCCCUAGGAACGGAGGGUGGCAGCGUCAUCUUCUUGGACUUGGACACACUGACUGUGCUUGAGGAGCAGACCCUUGGCCCCGAUGAGGUUCUGCAAAGCCUGCCAGAUGACUACCGAUGUGGAAAAGCCCUGGGCCCUGUGGAAUCUCUCCAAGGUCACCUGCAGGACCCCAGCAAGAUCCUCAUUGGCUACAGCCGGGGCCUCUUGGUCAUCUGGAGCCAGGCUACGUCCUGUGUGGAUCAUGUCUUUCUGGGCAACUUGCAGCUGGAGAGCCUGUGCUGGGAGCGCAGUGGGAGCACCGUGGUCAGCUCUCACAGUGAUGGCAGCUAUGCUGUCUGGCCUGUGAACUCAGGUGGCUCCCCUGUGCUGCAGCCCACUACAGUCACCACACCCUAUGGCCCUUUCCCCUGCAAAGCCAUCAACAAGAUUCUGUGGCGAAACUGUGAAUCAGGGAGCCGUUUUCUCAUCUUCAGUGGUGGCAUGCCCCGUGCCAGCUAUGGAGACCGCCACUGUGUGAGUGUGCUUCAGGCAGAAACUCUAGUGACCUUGGACUUCACCUCCCGCAUCAUUGACUUCUUCACAGUGCACAGCACUAAGCCUCAGGAUGAAUUUGAUGACCCCCAGGCCUUGGCUGUGCUGCUUGAAGAGGAGCUGGUGGUACUGGACCUGAAAACACCUGGCUGGCCAGCUGUGCCUGCCCCAUACCUUGCCCCCCUCCAUUCAUCUGCCAUUACCUGCUCAGCCCAUGUGGCCAAUGUCCCUGCCAAGCUGUGGACCCGCCUCGUGAGCUCUGGCGAGCAGCAGAGCCCUCAGGCUGCCUGCAGUACUUCAAGCUGGCCCAUCACUGGGGGCCAGAAUCUUGCCCAGGAACCAUCUCAGCGAGGGCUGCUACUAACUGGCCAUGAAGAUGGCACUGUUCGGUUCUGGGAUGCCUCGGGUGUGGCGCUGCGGCCCCUUUAUAAGCUGAGCACUGCUGGCCUGUUCCAGACAGACUUGGAGCACAUGGACGGUCUGGGCCAGACUGCUGAGGAUGACUGGCCUCCCUUUCGCAAGGUGGGCUGCUUCGACCCCUACAGCGAUGACCCUCGGCUGGGAGUACAGAAAGUGGCACUCUGCAAGUAUACAGCUCAGAUGGUAGUGGCUGGCACUGCGGGCCAGGUGCUGGUGCUGGAACUGAGUGACGUGCCAGCCGAGAAGGCAGUCAGCAUGGCCAGUGUGGACCUGCUCCAGGACAGGGAGGGCUUCACAUGGAAGGGCCAUGACCGGCUGAGCCCACGCACGGGACUGUUGCCCUGGCCUGCUGGCUUCCAGCCCCGAAUGCUGGUGCAGUGCCUGCCACCUGCCACUGUCACUGCUGUUACACUGCACACUGAAUGGGGGCUUGUGGCCUUUGGCACCAGUCAUGGGUUUGGUGUUUUUGACUACCAGCGUAAGAGUCCUGUGCUGGCCAGGUGCACCCUUCACCCCAAUGACUCUCUGGCCAUGGAGGGGCCACUCUCUAGGGUAAAAUCGCUUAAGAAGUCACUGCGUCAGUCUUUCCGGCGCAUUCGCAAGAGCCGGGUGUCCAGCAAGAAGCGGCCUGUUAAUACCAACAGCAAGUUACAGGAGGCCAACGCACAGCUAGCGGAGCAGGCCAGCUCCCAUGAUGUGGAGGUGACGCCAGUGCAGCGCCGCAUAGAACCUCGCUCGGCUGAUGACUCCCUCUCGGGUGUAGUGCGCUGCCUCUACUUUGCUGACACAUUCCUUCGAGAUGCUGUCCACCAUGGUCCUACCCUGUGGGCCGGCACCAACUCUGGCUCUGUGUUUGCUUAUGCACUGGAGGUGCCAACGGCAGUGGCUACUGUGACAGGCAGCGAGAAAUGGCCAGAACGGGCUGUAGAAGCUGUUCUGGGCAAGGAGGUGCAGCUGAUGCACCGGGCACCAGUGGUGGCCAUUGCUGUGCUGGAUGGGCGUGGCCACCCACUGCCUGAGCCCUUUGAGGCGUCCCAGGACUUGGCACAGGCACCAGACAUGCAGGGUGGCCAUGCAGUGCUCAUCGCAUCUGAAGAACAGUUCAAGGUGUUCACACUGCCCAAGGUGAGUGCCAAGACCAAGUUCAAGCUGACAGCCCAUGAGGGCUGCCGUGUGCGCAAGGUGGCACUGGCCACAUUUACCAGCGUGGCCUGUGAGGACUAUGCUGAAACCUGCCUGGCCUGCCUGACCAAUCUGGGUGACGUCCACAUCUUCUCAGUUCCCGGCCUGCGGCCCCAAGUGCACUAUUCCUGCAUCCGGAAGGAGGAUAUCAGUGGCAUAGCUUCCUGUGUCUUCACACGACAUGGCCAGGGUUUUUACCUGAUUUCUCCAUCAGAAUUUGAACGCUUUUCCCUGAGUGCUCGUAACAUCACGGAGCCUAUGUGCUCUCUGGACGUUUGCUUGUCUCAAGACACUGCCCAUAUCAGCUCCAAGCACCAAGAGUCACCCAAGCUGAGCCAGGCCAAUGGGACCCCAAGCAUCAUCUUGGCCCCACGGAGCUGCGACAGGAGCCCCAGUCCAGCCCAAAGCAAAGGAAAUAGGGACAUGCUGGAGCUGCCUGACACCAUACUCUCGCCCAUAUCCGUGGACUCAGCCACCAGUGCCAACACUACACUCAACACAACAGGGGAUGUCACUGUGGAAGAGGUCCAGGAUUUCCUGGGGUGA